AGAUUGACAAAUCCGUCAUCAGAAGAGACCUCUGCAACUGCAAGUCGGCGAUCCAGCAAUCCGGCGAGAGAAGAACGGGAACCGUGGGCGACCAAAUCUCCGUUAAGUACAAGCUUUUCCGGCACCGGACCAAAGCUCCGUUUUCCUCUUCCUCUACAAACAGGUUAGAUUCUGGUCUGAUUUUGCUUCAUCGCCCUUUCUUAACAUGUGAAGAAGAAGAAGCUCAUGAAUGCAACAAAAGUAGUAGCAGUAGUAAUCUACAAGAAUUUUCGUUGUUUCUCAGCCUCUUCCGAUUCCUCCAUUCCAAUCAAAUGGAUCUCUCCACUUCAGUUCCUCAAAACCACUUCUGCGAAAUCAGUUCCUCCUAUCGAACUCGGUACCAUCCUUUUAGAUGCUCAUAGGAAAUCCACGUUUAUCUCUCAUUCAAACGCAGUGAAAAUGAUUCAACAUGAAAAAGAUCCUCAGCUCGCCCUAGAUAUCUUCAACAAGGUAUCAAAACAAAAGGGUUUUUCUCACAAUAACGCUACCUAUUUCGUUAUCCUUGAAAAGCUCGGCCGUUUCAGAAAAUUUCAAGCCAUCAAUUCCAUUCUUGCUCAAAUGAGAUAUGAAACUUGUAGAUUUGAAGAAGGUAUAUUCAUCAAUCUCAUGAAGCAUUUCUUCAGAGCUUCCUUGUAUGAUGAAAUGAUUCAGAUGUUUGAUACAAUCCAACCUAUCGUUCGCCAAAAGCCCACGCUUAAAGCUAUCAGCACAUGUCUCAAUUUAUUAGUGGAAUCAAAUCAGAUCCAUUUGAUUCAGAGUUUUCUCUUGAAUGUGAAGAAGAAUCUCAAUUUAGAACCUAAUACAUGCAUAUUCAACAUCUUUGUAAAAUAUCACUGCAAGAGAGGUGAUCCUGAAUCUGCUUUUCAAAUGUUGGAAGAGAUGAAGAAGAAUGUAGAUUCCUAUCCAAACCUGAUCACCUAUUCAACUCUAAUGGAUGGAUUUUGCAAAAUUGGUAAACUUAAAGAAGCAAUAGAUUUAUUCGAGGAAAUGCUCUCUGGAAACCAGUUCUUGCCCGAUGCACUGACAUACAAUGUUCUGAUCAAAGGUUUUUGUCAAUGGGGAAAAGUUGAUCGCGCCAAGAACAUCAUGGAUUUCAUGAAAAACAACGGUUGUCAGCCAAACCUAUUCAAUUAUUCAACCUUAAUGACUGGUCUCUGCAGCGAAGGAAGAUUGGAGGAGGCAACAGCAAUGUUCGACGAAAUGAAGAAGAUUGGCGUGAAACCAGACACGAUCAGCUACACCACUUUAGUCGAUACAUUAUGCAAAAUGGGGAAAAUCGAAGAAGCAAAGUUAUUGCUCGAAGAAAUGAAAGAAAACGAAUGCAGAGCAGAUACAGUUACUUUUAACGUGGUAUUGGGUGGUUUGUGUAGAAAUUUUCGAUUCGAGGAGGCUCUUGAGAUGCUGUAUAGGCUACCUAAUGCUGGUAUUCAACUGAAUAAAGGGAGUUAUAGGAUUGUUUUGAAUAGAUUGUGUAAGGAAAGUGAAUUAGAAAGGGCAGUUGAAUUGUUGGGGCUAAUGUUGAGCAGGGGAAUCAAACCACAUUUCGCGACUUCAAACGAGUUGAUAGUUAAACUCAGUGAGGAUGGGAGAGUGGCCGAUGCUAUGAUGGUUUUGUGUGAUUUAGUUGAGGUGGGGUUCAAACCCGAGGUUGAAUCGUGGUCUUCUUUGGUUGAGUCUGUGUGUCGGGAGAGAAAACUCUUGCCUAUGUUUGAACUACUUGACGAACUUUUUGAAUGAUUUAUGGCAAUGGUUUGGUUGUUUCUUGUA